UGCUCUGCAAAAGCAACACACGCGCGAAAGACAACCGUUUAGAAGUUUAAGCCACCGAUCGAUUGAGAGAGCGAGCGAGCGAGGGAGAGAUAAACCCUAACGUUAGAAGAUUCGUAACACCUCCCAAAUUCUCCCUUCAUUUUCCCUCCACCUGCUUCCGCUUUGAUUUCCGAACCACUGCUUCCACAUUGUUGCUACGCCGCAUGGCGACUGUAUCCUGCGCGAACCUGGAAUCCUUCAUUGGUUGCUUCAUAUGCUUGAUUUCCAAGUGCGAGAUUCGCUACGAGGGCGUUCUCUAUUUCUUCAACAUUCAAGAUUCCAUCAUCGGCUUGAAGGACGUUAGAUCCUAUGGAACAGAGGGGAGAAGAAAAGAUGGUCCACAAGUUCCUCCAAGUUAUAUGGUUUAUGAAUACAUUCUUUUCCGAGGAAAUAAUAUUAAGAAUUUGCAGAUCAAGUUCCCCGCCCCAUCUUCCAAAUUAGAAGAGCAGGUUUUUAGUGAUCCAGCUAUUAUUCAGUCGGAAUAUUCUGGGUUGCUAAGUUCUCCAGUGGUUGGGUUGCUAAGUUCUCCAGUGGCCUCAGUUGGUGGUAGAAGUUUGACAGAAUCAAUUCAAAGGCAAGAUAGCCCUGCAAUAUCCAGUAAAGCCUUUCCUGCUGGGUUGCCUUCUCAUCAGUCUGUAACUCAGCCGGGACCUUCAAAUUCAUCUGCUGCUACUCAAGUUGCUAGUCAUCCAUCUUUUUUUGCAGCAAUGGAUUGGCAAGGACCCAGUCGGAUAUCUAGCAGUAGUUCUCAUUCUCUGCUACAAUCUAGUUCUCGUCAACCCCCAUCACUGGCAGCAUCCUUAGCUGUGCAGAAUCAGAUGCAAAAUGCAGAAACUCAGGUACCUAUAAAAGGGGGAUGGACAGCUUUAUCAGACUAUGGUCUACCUGUAUCUUCUGCCAUGGCUUCUCUCGUAAAUCAGACUCAUCCACCUUCUCUUACCUCUUUAAAAAAUUCUGAUUCUCUUGAUAUUCCAUCCCUUUUGUCUACUAAGCCACCUGUAUCAUAUUCUGCAUCCAUGACUUUUGAUGGAUCAAACAUGCCUCAGUUUUCUUCAACGCUCCAAGACAUAAAUUCUAUUCAAGCUCAAAUAUCUGGAAACAUUUGUCCUGACCCAAGGUCAAUUCAUCCUCAACAUUCUGUCCAUCGUUCAGCUCCUUCAUUUGUUGAUUCUACUUCAGGUUCCUUGCCAACAGCACCAUCUUUGUUAACCCCAGAUCAAUUUGCUUAUCCUAGAGAACAGUUAUUGUCUUUAACUCAUUUGAAUCCUACUCAGAAGGAUAUGGGUUCUCUGACUCUAACAUCCUCUGGUUCCUCUGCAUUAAUGCCUUCUCCAGCAUCUCAGGCACCACUGCUUCCACUACCAACUUCAGUGCAAAAGCUUCCAUGCACAGCUCCACAAUACACUGAAGAGUCUGAUUUAGAGGCCAUCAAUGAAAAGUUCAAAAAAAAUGUAGUAUGGGGUUCUUUUGGAAAGGCAACCACAAAAAUUGAGGGAGUGGAUAAUGCUUCUCUCCCAGCUCUACAAUACACUGAAGAGUUUGAUAUUGAGGCCAUCAAUGAAAAGUUCAAAAAAAAUGUAGUAUGGGGUUCUUUUGGAAAGGCAAUCACAAAAAUAGAGGGAGUGGAGGAUAAUGCUUCUCUUAGUUUGGGUGACAGAGAAUGUCCUGGGGUGAUACCGAACCCUAAGACUGGAUACAAGAAAGAUGACUUUUUUGAUACAAUUUCUUGCAACUCUUCGACUGGUGGAUCAAGGAGUGGACCAAAUCUUUUCUCUGAGAGAAUGAAACAGGAUACUGAGACAUCUGACAGUUUCCAGCAGAGGCCUAAUUUUACUUCUGGUGCUGGACGGGGUGCGGAUUUCAGGGGCGCAAAUAAUUGGGGAAGGGGUUAUGGCUACAAUAGGAGAGGGCGUGGUCCAAACUUUCCUUUUUAGUGGUAUCCAGAUUUUCUGUUUAACUCCUGUCUUCCAAAGCUCCCGGCCAAUUGUACCUAUGUUUUUUGGGUGUUAUCUUUGGCUUUAUGUCAAUGAUGUUAACAUGCUUUUGGAACUUUGAUACCUGGAUGUUAGAAUGUCAAACUUACAAAUGACCGGCCUUGUUCUUGUUUUUUUUGGGCUCAUGUGCUGGUCUUUGACGUUUCAAGUAAUUACUGUCCAUAAUUCUAUAAUCAGUGCCAGAUGAACUCCUUACUGUUA